AUGAGCAAUUCAAGCUCUAAUAUAGAUAACAAUACCAAUAAUGAAGUUACUACAGAUAAAAAUCUCACAUCAUCAACAAAUAUACUAGAGUCGUCAUCAAUUACCCCAUCUUCUUCAACUAAUUUAACACAAUCAAAUGAAUCAGAACCACUUCAAAAAGCUACAAGGAAAACUAAUCCACGACAAAAAAGAACUGCAUUAGCUUGUAUUAGGUGUAGAACUCGUCAUAUAAGAUGCCCUGGGGGUGAUCCAUGUAAAAAAUGUCAAUUGGCAAAAUCAAAAUGUGAAUAUGUUGAAGCAGAUAAGAAAAUUGUUGUUUCAAUGAAAUAUUUAUCAAAAUUACAUGAUGAUAUAGCAAGAUUAAAGAAAGAUAAUGCAAUGUUGAGAAAUAAUUUAAAAGAACUGGAAGAUCGAAAUGAAAAAAAUCAAUAUGAAUCUACUAUAUUGUCGCCAAGGAAAGCAUCAUUUAUACCACCAGUUACUAAUCAAUUUAAUACAAAUAGUUCAAAUCAAGGAGGUGAAGUGAUAAAUCCAUCUUUAGAUAAAUAUGGAAGAUUAAUUCAAUCACGAACAGGUGAAAAAGUUUAUGUUGGUUCUUCAUCAAUGACUUUAUUUGGUUUGGAAAUUCAGAAUAUGGUACCUUCAUUUGUUUCAAGUUCAUUGCUACCAAAUUCAACUAGUACUACACCAAUUUCAUCACCUGGAAGUUUUAAUGAAACUACGACAACAUCUCCAAAAGCAGAAAGUAUGUCAAGUACAUCGAGUCGAAAAAGAGAAACUAAAAUAUUGGAAAAAGAAGGUAAUGCUUAUAAAAUCACAUUAUCGAAGACCAAUACAAGACCUGGAUUAUCUAUUAAUUUUUCAUUACCGUCAUAUUCAUAUGCAAUGUUAUUAGCUGAUACAUUCAUAAAUUAUAAUGAUGGAUGUUUUUAUUUCUUCAAUGAGGGAUUAAUUAAAAGAUACCUAUUGAAUUUAUAUUCUGGUAAAAAUGAAGAAAAUAAGAAAAUUUUAAGAAGAAAUAUAUCAUUAAAUACUAGACCAGAUCAAGACCAAAAUAGUAUAAAGAAAGACCAAGAUGAUGAGACAAUUCUAGAAAGUAUUUGGUUUUGUAAAAUACUUUUUAUAUUUGCAAUUGGUGAAAUGUAUUUAGGUACCGAAUCAAGUACUCAUGUUAAAAACAUCAAACUUGAAAAUAUGAAAAGAAAAGAAAAACGAGAAAGACAUACAUUACCAGGCUCAGGUUUCUUUUAUCAAGCUUCAGAAUUAUUUACUGGUUUAUUUGCUUCUGGUGCAAUUGAUAAUAUUACAAAAGAUGGUGGGAUUGAAGUUAUGUUAUUAUAUGCAUUUUAUUUACAAGUUGCAGAUUGUACAAUUGCAUCAUAUUUUUAUUUUGGUUUAGCUUUAAGGGCUGCUUUAAUUCUAGGAUGGCAUGUUGAUGCAGAUAAUGAAAAUUUAAAUAGAUUUGAAUUGGAACAUCGACGUAGAAUUUGGUGGACUGUUUAUAUGUAUGAAAGAAUGUUAUCGUCAAAAGCUGGUUUACCAUUAAGUUUUGCUGAUGAUUCAGUUUCAACCGAAUUACCAGUUGAUUUCAAAAUUGACCUAAGCGAUUUCCCAAGAGAUGAAUCAGAUGUUAGAGGUUAUUAUAUCUUUCCACCUGCUGAUUAUAUUAAUAACUGUGUUACAAUUACUCAAAUUAAUGCUGUUAUUUUAUCAUCAUUAUAUACAAAACAACCAACUUUCAAUAUUUUACCAGUUGUUUCAGAUUUAGUAACUAGAUUAAUGUCAUGGAAAACUUCAUUACCAAAAUAUUUAGAUAUUGAUUUUUCAGAAGAAAACCCCAAAGUAUCAAGAUUAAUUGUUAAUUUAAUGACUGAAUAUUUUCAAGGUGUAAAUUUAGCAGUUAGACCAUUAUUAUUUCAUUUUGCAAGUCGAAAGUUUAAAGAAUUGAAGAUUUACAAUUCACAAAAUAAAUAUAUUGAUUUAACAAAAUAUUCCAAAAAUGUAUUAACAUUAUUAAAUGCAUCAUUUCAAGCAUCUAUAAACACAAUCAAACUGAUUUGGUCAUUAGUACCAGAUAAUAUGGUUGCAUUAUUUGGAUGGAUGGAUAGAGAAUAUUUAUUUACUUCUGCUAGUACAUUAAUUUUAUUUAAUGCAUCUUUUGGUGUUCAUGAAGCUACUAAAAUUCAUUUAGAUCAUGCAUUAACAUUAUUUACCAAAAUGAAAAGACUAGGAAAUUAUCCAGCAGCUUUAAAAAGAGCACAAUUAAUUAAAUUAAUCAGAGUUUUAGAUUUUAAUGGAGUUAUGGUUGACAUUUUAGAAAAACAUGAUGAAGAUUAUAAUAAAGUGAAUAAGGAUAAACCUGAAACUAAAGAAGUAAUUCAUGAUUUAACAACAGCAGGACAAUCCGUGGUUGAUUUUAUGCAAUUUAAUACAAAUACAAAACUGGGAGAUGUUUAUUCAAAUCAAGAUUUAACAGGAAUUGAAGGAUUAACUUAUCUAGAUGAAGAACAAAAAUUAUGGAAUGAAAUUACAAAUGAAGCUGGUUGGUUAAAUGUUCAUCAGCCAGAUCAACCAUCACAAUUUGCAAAUAAAACACAACCUGAUGAAAAUAGUUUCAUGUUUAAUGUAAUAUCACCAGAUAUUAAUACCCAAUUUAAUAGUUGUGGUUAUUCUGAGUUAAUUAAUCAAGAAUUUCAAGAUUUUAUGGACCAAACUUAA